AAAUUGUUUUUGUGUUUUUUUGUUUGGGUAAACUGUAUAUUUACUCAUUUCACUGCCGUAACAUAAUGUUUGUUCUUUAUUGUUUUGCAGGUUCCUAGUCUAAGCAGAAAAGAGUAUGCCAGACCCUCCAUUUGUGUGCCCCUUGGUUGUUAUCCUCCUCAUUGGCCCUUCUUUGGCUUCCCCUUAUGAGGGGCCCCUGUACGAUUCUACUGCUUACAUAGAGUGUAAAGCACAACCCCAAGAGCCGCUUUAUGAUGGAGGAAUCCUCAAAGAUCGGGUUCCAGAUUUCACACCAAAAAUUGGAAGCAAAGGAGUUCCUGCUUUCCUAUUGCAACAUCUCACGCGAGGCACCAUUUACUGCUUUUCCAGUUGGGUCAAGAUAUCUGGUACCGAGUCAUCUCUUGUAAGAGCCAGCCUGACAACAGAGAAUACAACAGAAAAAUGUAUUGGGACGGUUGUGGCCAGGCGCAGUUGCUGGUCAUUCCUCAAGGGUGGAUUUGUAUUAGAUUCAUCAUCAAAUAUAUCCUUACUAUACUUUCAGAAUUCAGAUGGCAGAGGCAUCAAUAUAGAAAUUGCAGGGGCUUCUUUGCAGCCAUUUACUGAGCAACAGUGGAGAAUGCAUCAGCAGUACAGAAUAAACUCUGAAAGGAAGCGUGCUGUGACAAUCCAUGUGUCUGAUGAUCAUGGACAUAGGUUGAAAGGAGCAGCAAUUAGAGCAGAGCAAGUGUCUAAAGACUUCUCAUUUGGAUCUGCCAUAACCAACACUAUUAUUGGAAAUAAGCCUUAUCAGAACUGGUUUGUUAAGAGAUUCAACGCAGCAGUUUUCGAGAAUGAACUCAAGUGGUUCAUUACAGAACCUAAACCAGGGCAGAUCGACUACACUUUAGCAGACCAGAUGUUGGAAUUUGUUCGAGCAAACCAAAUUAUGGCAAGAGGCCACACUAUCUUCUGGGAAGACCCUAAGUUUAUGCCAGCAUGGGUUCGUAACCUUACAGGUUCUGAGCUACAAACAGCUGUCAACUCCCGUAUACAAAGUUUAAUGAGCAAAUAUAGCGAAGAAUUCAUACACUGGGAUAUUAGCAAUGAAAAUCUUCACUGGGAUUUCUACGAGCAAAGGCUUGGCCAUAAUGCCACCUUGCAUUUCUUCGAGACAGUACACCAAUCAGAUCCAUUGGCAACUCUGUUUAUGAACGAUUUCAAUGUUGUGGAGAAUUGUGCUGACAUAAACUCAACUGUGGACACCUACAUUUCGCGGAUGAGAGAACUCAAACGGGGUGGAGUGUCAAUGGGUGGAAUAGGUAUAGAGGGUCACUUCGGAGUGCCUAACCGUCCUCUAAUGAGAGCCGUUCUAGACAAGUUGGCUACGCUAAGGCUUCCGAUUUGGUUUACAGAGACUGAUGUCAGCAGAAUGGUUCCCAAGCAGGAAGUACGGGCUGUUUACCUAGAAGAAGUUCUGAGAGAGAGCUUCUCACAUCCCUCUGUAAAUGGGAUAAUACUUUGGACUGCCCAACAUCCAUUUGGUUGUUACCGGAUGUGCCUUACUGACAAUAAAUUCCGUAAUCUCCCUGCCGGUGAUGUGGUUGACAAGCUUUUAAAAGAAUGGCAAACUGGGGUUUUGGAAGGUUAUACAAAUGAACAUGGCUCAUACAGCUUCUCUGGAUUCUUAGGUGAAUACAAGGUGACUGUUGAUUAUGGAAACAGAAUUGCAAAUUCAACGUUCUCACUUUCUCGAGGUGAUGAAGCUAGACAUUUUAACAUUCAACUGUAGCAGUUACAAUUGUGGCCUAUAAAUGGCAUAACCAAAUCAUAUUUUGAACUAGUACAUCACUAACAGUAUGGAGAUGUUCCUGUAUCUUUAUAAAUGCUAUGCAAUAUUAUUUUUGAGGAAGUUCGGUUAUGGAAUAUAAGUUGAUUCUGUUGAAGUUUUUGAUCUUCUGUGAACUUCUCUUCUCUAUGUAGAUUCUCCAUGCAAUAUAUAUGGAAUCAAAAGUUUCCUCAGGCAGUAAAAUAAGUCAUGUUUUUUAAAAUUAAAAUGUCUCCACUUUGGAAAUAGUACACUACCAAAUUAAUUUCUUAUGGCCUAUUCAAGUGACAUUCUGAAAGAACGAACAAAGGUGAUCAUAGAACAAUAGUUAAUAGGCCUUAAUAUAUAUUGGAAGCUGAUGUCUUAAUUUCUCCUGAUUGUUGUGUCUAAUCUUCAGGUAUAUAUUGUCCUGAAUUCAAACUGCUGCUUCAAACAAUACUUUUAUAUGUGCAUAAGUUUUGAAGAUGGUAAGCCAUGUUACCUAGGAUAUCUUUGAGCAUGUCACCUUAGAUCUGGCAUAUGAAAACAUCCAGGCCAAGAUGGGGAUAUAUAUAUUAACCAUUGAAAUGCAGUUGAAGUUUUAAAAGAGAUAUUUAGAGGAUGGUGAGAUGUGAGGUCUACGGAAUCAAGCAUUCCUUAAGAUCAAAUCAAAUGCAUUAACAAAUUUUGAACCAAAGUCUGAGAGGGGAAGGUAUGCCUACCUAGUUUGAAUGCUGCCACUGAGUAGUAAAAGUUCAUCUGAGCUUGGUUCCAGUCGUGUGGCACAGCUCCAAGUUUUAAAUUCUUGUAGAACAAAAUUCUUCUGCUUCAAUCUCUCUUUUUUUUUAAUUUUUUUUAAUGAUAAAUCAAUUUCCUUGCCUUUCAGAUGUGUUUCUCUUGAACUAUUAUAGUUAGCUUUCUUGGAAACUCCAACCUUUACUCCUUUAAUUGUUCUGUCUUUAGUAUUUUGGAGUGCCUUCUAAGGAAGGUACUAAGUUCCCAGUUAUACCAUAGAAACCUGUCCUCUCUGUCUGAUUAUUGCAUUGCGAUUGUGUACCAAAUUGGUAAUUUAAUGAACCAUCUGAUCAUUCAUAACAUAGGCUGUCCUUAGUCCAAGAGUUCACACUAUAGUGAUCCUCAAUAUGCAAAAAUGAAAAAUAAUAAUAAUAAUAAUAAAGAAUAAGGUAAAUUGCACCCUCUUCUAAGGUUUGCUUAAUUUACAGAUACCCUUUAGUUUUAACAAAAUUACACAGAUCACCAUUCAAAGUAGAGUUCCUUUAGACAGUAUAGAGAGAUCUGUUAACUCUCUACCCUAACAGAAGGGGAGAAUGUAUUUAGAACUAAAACAUGGGGGAAGUUUCAGAAAUCUGCCGGCUCCAACAUUUCAUAUUUUGAACCACAUCACUUGUAGAUACUGUUCUUUUAGGCAUGCUAUGCAAUAUAAGAUUAAUGGAGAACUUCUAAGAAUUUCUCCAUUAAAAGUGUAUCCCAUCCAUAGAAUUUCCAAGCAAUAAAUGACAGGUUCCCUGUGGCGAGUAGAUAAGACAUGCUGUGAUAGAUUAAAGUCUUCACUUCAAUAGAUUUUGGGUUACAUAGGAGCUACCAAGGUAACAUUUCUGGUAGUUUAAUUCCAUGGUUUUUCUUUUUCUUUUGCUAAAUACUUCUAAUACAGCUAGUGUGUAGAAAAGUACGGGAAUUGACGUACAACAGCUUAAAUUCUAAAGUAUAAUGUAUUUAGAAUUGAGAAGCUUGACCAUGCGCAUGCAUAAUUAAUUACUUGAUAACUUGUUAGGCAAUAGUAUGAAUUUGAUCACUAAUCUAUGUCUAAUUGUGUUCUUUAUGUUC